AUGGCGUGGGCAAUCACAAGCAAACUUGGCUGUGGAAUGGCUAAAUGCCACAAUAAUAAUGGAUACCCAUUUAUGGUUCAUGUCGUUUGCCAUUAUGGCCCAAGAGGAAACUGGGAUAAGACAAUCUAUGAAGAAGGUGAACCAUGUAGCAAGUGUUCGGAUUAUGGCAGAGUAUGUAAUGGUAAUGGUCUUUGUGCUGCUGGUGAUAAACCCGCUGAAGCGACUCAUGAUGAUGAAACUCCAAGCGAAGAGCCUGAAGAAGAACUUAUAAGCCAUGAGGAAACCGAAAUGCCAAGCGAAGAACAUACUGAAGAUGAAUCGACAAUGCCCAGCGAAGAAUAUGCUGAAGAUGAAUCGACAAUGCCAAGCGAAGAAUAUACUGAAGAUGAAUCGACAAUGCCAAGCGAAGAACAUACUGAAGAUGAAACGACAAUGCCAGAAGAAACUGAAAAGCCUGAUAGUUCAUGUUCUGCAUCGAAGAUUACUUCGGCUGGUCGAGAAAAUAUUUUGAAGAAGCUUAAUGACAUUCGGACGAAAGUUGCUAUGGGCCAGUUCUCGACAUCAGAUGGAACGUAUCCAGCAGCCAAGGAGAUGUACAAACUGAGAUGGAAUUGUACGUUGGAAAAGCUGGCUCAGAAACACGUGGAGAAAUGCAAAUAUGAUCACUCGGAGUAUUUCCACAAAUAUUUUUAUGGCGAUGGCGUUGGUGAAAGUUUGUUUUCGAAAUGGACUCUUGACAACAAUCCUACAGAUGAUAUGUUAUCAGUGGCGGUGGAUGAGUGGUUAAAAAGUAAACCAAUGGGAGAAACAAGUUUAUCAAUGGACAAAUAUUUCGAAACGUUGAAUCAAGAUUUAGCGCAGAUAAUCACAGCACGCACAACAGAUGUUGGCUGUGCCGUAUCAUUCUGUGAAUAUGCUGAGCAUCGCCCUUAUUACUUCCAAUUUGUUACUUGCAAUUACUAUCCAAAUGGACAACAGUGGAGCACCGCCAUAUAUGAAGAAGGUGGGAAAUGCAGCAGUGAUAAGGAAUGCACGACGUAUUCUCCGUCAAAAUGCCUAUCGGAAGGCUUAUGUGAAAGACUAUAA